AUAAAACCUCGUGCCUUUCCUCGCGAGAGACUACUCGCUCAUGCUCGCUGCAGGGGUCGGAGGUCAGGGCGAGCGUCUCCCGGGCCGAAGGAGGAAGAUGGCGGUGGAAUCGCGCGUUACCCAGGAGGAGAUUAAGAAGGAGCCCGAGAAGCCGAUCGACCGCGAGAAGACCUGCCCGCUCCUGCUGCGGGUCUUCACCACCAACAACGGCCGCCACCACCGCAUGGACGAGUUCUCCCGCGGGAACGUGCCCUCGAGCGAGCUGCAGAUCUACACCUGGAUGGAUGCAACCUUGAAAGAACUGACUAGUUUAGUAAAGGAAGUCUAUCCAGAAGCCAGAAAGAAGGGCACACACUUCAAUUUUGCAAUUGUUUUUAUGGAUCUUAAACGACCGGGAUAUCGAGUUAAGGAAAUUGGCAGCACCAUGUCCGGCAGGAAAGGCACUGAUGACUCCAUGACCCUGCAGUCACAGAAGUUCCAAAUAGGGGAUUAUCUGGACAUAGCCAUUACUCCUCCAAAUCGAGCACCUCCUUCAGGACGGAUGAGACCGUACUAAAUCCUAUUGACUUUCUUGAAGUUAUUUUUCAGCCUGUUUGUAAAAUAAACUUACUUAAUCUUUUCCUCCCUUGAACCUUGCCAUUAAGCCUUUAAAUUUUAAGCAAAUUGUAACACAUUUAUUUAGGAAUUAGAGUUGGAUGUACUUUGGUAUAUUAAAGUCUGUAUGUUUUAAGCCCUUCUGUAAAAUACAAAAAGUGCUCUUAGCAUUCUGCGUAAAACUAUUGUGAAAUACAUGUGUGCAAUUAGCCCAGGUGUGAAAGUUAAUGGAAGCCUGGGAACAGAGUUUCACCUCAUAUGGGUUUUACUAGCCAAGGGCAUUUUAAGCCCUCAAGAGGCAGACAAGAAUGCCAUGGGGUUGUAUAAAAUGGUUCAGUCAAGUUUGUGGCAUCAUAGUAUAGGCCUGUGUAAAUAAGUUGAAGAAACCAUCUUUUGUUGAUAGAUGAUACAAGAUAAAAUAGGUGACUAGAGCUGGAAAGAUGGCUCAGGUUAAGAAUACUUGCUGUUCUUGCAGAAGACCUAAGUCCUAUUCCCGGCACCUGCAUGAUGGCUCACAACUCUAAACUCCAGUCCUAGGGGAUCUUAUCUGACUCCCUCUUGACUUCAGCACCAAGCAUGCAUGUAGUGGAGAGAGGAAAUGAGCCAGAGCUAGGCUACAGUGUAGUUUACCCUGAAGAGCCGAGAAAGCUUUAAAGUAGGGUCUGCAGGGCAGGGGAGAUGGCAGUGCAGUAAGUCAUUGACUAGGUAACAUUUCAGUAUCAGAUUGUAACUGCAUGCUGAAGUGUGAAGGGCAAGUGAGGAGGAAGAGAGCUGAACAGUUAAGUCUCUGACAUGGAGGAGAACUGGACUUGACCUGACGCUUCCUAGCUUGUGUGGGACAGCUUAGCUGUGCCAGGUCUGUACAGAACAUACUGCCAAGCACCCAGCUCAUAACUUCCACGGCUGAGGUGCAACAACUUAAUCUAGUUCAAGGCAGGUGUUUGGAACAACUGACCACGCCUUAGUGAAUUCAUACACAAUUACAAACUCCAAUUUAAAACACAUGGCUGUAGUUUCCAUCUUGAAGGUGGUUGAGAGCAGUAGAAUGACUACCUGUCUGGUUUGUUGUCUUAGACACUUAUCAAUGGCUGAAUUCCUGGGGUUGGCAAUGAAAUAAACUAAAAGUAUUCUAUUAGGAUUAAUCUUGACCAGGCAACCAUUCUCUGAAGACAAAAAUCACAAGAAUCUUGUUUCCUACAAAUAAGGGAAUUCCUAGACGCAGUAAGCUAAAACUGAAGAUCAAAAUAAAAUUACAACUUUUGUUUGGAGAAAGGGGAGUAGGAGUAAGGACAACUUGGGUGUUGCUUCCCUGCUUCCCACCAUUGAGUUCCCAGGAUCAAACUCAGGUUGUCACACUUGGUAGUAGGCACCUUUACCCUGAGCCAUCUCACUAGCCCAAAGAGCAUCUUGACAUAACUGUUAUUUUAUGUGUAUGAGUGUUUGCCUGCAUAUAUAUAUAUAUAUAUAUAUAUAUAUAUAUCAUGUGUACACAUGGCCCUUUCAGAGGUCAGAGGGUAGUAUUAGGCCCCCAGAACUGGCAUUACUGACAACUGGUUGUGAGGUUACAGAUGGAUGCUGGGAACCAAAUAGAGUCAGUCCUCUGCAAAAGCAACAAGUGUUCUCUGUAGCCCUUGUUUUUGAGACAGGUUCUCACUGUGUAGACUAAGCUGGCCUAGAAUUCAGAGAUCUUACAUGCCUCUGCUUUCUAUCUUAGAAUCAAAGGCAUACAGGGUCAGAACAAAGCAUUUUUAAUAGUAAACACUUAAGUCACUUUAGUAAACAAUUUGCCUGGGAAAUUCUGCCUGGGUUCUGCCGCACAGCCUGGCUGUCCUGGAAUUGGCUCUGUAAACCAAGCUGGCUUUGAACUCAUGGAUCUGCCUGCUUCUGCCUCUACCAACUGGUUCUGACGUAGUAACCCUAUUCAGCUGCUUUUGACCACUUCCAAGGAAACUUCAUGUACAGUAACUUAACUAAAUAAAAGCUUUUUUUUU